AUGGGCAUAUAUCCAUAAAUUUAGUCGAUGACGUUGGAAAAAGUAGAGGGAUCUUUGUUCUAUAUAACCAAAAACAAAAUUAGAAAUAGAUGGGCCUAGAAUGAACGUUAUGGGCCGGGUCGCUUAGGCACUGAUGUUACACAGCAGCCAUCAUUUUGGGACAUUAGUGGGUAAUAGGAGAUCUACGGGAAGAAGAAGAAGAAUGGGGGUAAUGGGGAAAUUAAGAAUGUUCGUGGUCCAGGAACCAGUCGUUGCUGCUUCUUGUCUCAUCGGCGGCUUCGGCCUCUUCCUUCCUGCGGUUGUAAGGCCUAUUCUGGACUCUUUUGAAUCAUCCAAGCAAAUCCCAGCACCUGCUUUAAACGAUGUGGUUGCGGGUAUGACCGGUAAAAAACAAGGAUAAGAUACUUGUGAGGUUUUAGUUUCAACCAGCUCCUUUUAGGCUUAUUCCAUCCCUUUUGUGUCAUCCUGAUCAGAUGUGAAAAUAAGGUCUAUUUUUGUGGAUAAUUUAAAUGUUUUGUGCAAGGAGGGGAGAGACCCUCCUCAUUUGUAAGCACUUGGAUUCAAAUAUCGAAUUGACUUCAGUUAUAACCUAAUCAAAUGCAUCUGAGGCUUAUCAUUA